ACGAUAUUCAGCUUGUGUAAUUUGUUAGUGUUGUAAAUUAAGUUUAUUAUGGAUACAAACAAGUCAAGGCGGUCUAGUGCAAGCCUACUCGCCCCUCAGUUGGCGUGCCAAAACUCCCCUGGACCUGCAGCGUCAGCGCCGCCUCUCCCUGCCCCCGCAUCACCCCCUCGGAUAGUUUCGGUGCCCCCCGGACCCCAAUUGCCAUCUGAACAAAGUCCCCAAGAGGCACAAGAAGACGGUGUAAGAUUACGGCGGGCCCAUACAGUUGCCGUCAGAGAUUACCUGAAAAGAGAAACGCAGACGUUUUUCGGAGUACAAAAGGAUAAUGAAAGGGAACAAAGAAGACUGUGGCAUGAGAGACGGAGACGGCAUGCGGCCCGUACCCUGGGCGAUCUUCGAAUUGACCUACCACCGGAUUAUCAUCCCGAUGAUGAUGAUAUUAGUAUGUAUGGAGCAUCAGGCGCAGCACCAAGAGAGGCCCGGGGGCGAAGUCGAGAGCGGCCCGACGUGCUACCUGCGCCGGCGCCGCCCGAGCCAGCCGCCCCGCCGCCCGCCCCACCAGGGAAAGACAGCGUGGCGCGGCUUACGCUCACAGGACUCUCUUACGUUGUUACUGCGGUGACGAGACGAUCACGCCAGUCGACGUCAGCGCAAUGGUCGCGAUCAUUUCGGGGCAGUACGAGCAGUCCUCACGAGGAAGUCGAUUUUGACGACGUCUUCUUCGCCCCCACCUCAUCAGCACUUAGUCAGCACCAUGACGAUGUUGAUGUACCUGACGGACCGAAAAGUGCGCGGUCACCUCUUGGAUCUUCUGGGGUGGAGUACAGAAGGCCCGAGAGAAGUGUGUCGUGGGGGGCGGGGGGUGUUCGCAUCCAUACCCCCAUGUUGGAACCACUUGCAGAUAACUCGAAUAGGAGGCAGUUCGGAAUGGGUGUCGUUGGAAGAUUUUUCCGACGAUCCCUUCGCAAAUCAGUGACACAACAAGGGGAAAUAGCGCAACAGUUAGACGAGCUGACGGACUACCGGCCUUACUUCACGUGGUGGGUCAGCACAGUUCAGACUCUGGUGCUUCUUUUGGCCUUGCUUUGUUAUGGCUUCGGGCCAGUCGGCUUCGGUCGACACACGCACACAGGACAAGUUAUGUUGAAGAGUCUUAGCUUACAACAGGUUGAAUGGGAAGAACCGGCUUCAUUUUGGUUGGGACCACGGGCGGCGGAUCUCAUACAUUUAGGAGCUAAGUUUGCACCAUGCAUGCGAAGGGACGCGAGAAUAGCAAGAGCGAUAGCAGCAUCUGCGAGAAGAGAGAGAGAUACAGCCUGCUGCAUACGAAAUGACGAUUCGGGAUGUGUGCAGUCAUCGAAGGCAGAUUGUUCGAUAAGAGGAUUAAUACCAAAGAACACCAUAUCAACGUGGAAAAAAUGGUCUUCUGGCGAUUCGGGACCUGGGGGUCGGAUAUCAGGCUCAGUUUGUGGAUUAGAUCCAAAAUUCUGUGAAGCACCACGUUCAAUAGCACCUCACGAAUGGCCAGAUGACAUAACAAAAUGGCCGAUCUGCCGCAAGUCAGUAUUAGAUGGGUCCGCAGCGGCUGGCAGAGCAGGUCAUGCGGCUGAGCAUAUGGCAUGCGAGGUUAUAGCGCAUCCAUGCUGCAUAGGCGUUCAUGGCCAGUGUGUUAUCACCACAAGCGAACAUUGCUCAUUCGUCAAAGGGUACUUCCAUGAGGAGGCAUCAUUGUGUUCACAGGUAUCUUGUCUGGACGAUGUCUGCGGAAUGUUACCGUUUAUGCGAAGACGGCGUCCCGACCAACUGUACCGGGCAUGGACAUCUCUGUUUGUACACGCUGGCCUCUUGCAUUUAGCAGCAUCUCUUGCUCUGCAGUGGCUCUUCAUGAGGGACCUGGAGAAAAUGGCGGGGCCAGUUAGAAUAGCUGUUGUGUAUUUGGGAAGUGGAGUCGCGGGUAACAUGGCGUCAGCGAUCUUCGAACCGUAUAGAGCUGAGGUCGGUCCUGCCGGAGCGCACUUCGGCCUUUUAGCUUGUUUAAUAGUUGAAGUGAUAGGUGCGUGGCCCAUACUGAGGCAUCCGAAGCGCGCGCUAAUGAAACUAAUCGGACUGGCGUUAGCCUUAUUUUUCGUGGGACUCCUGCCGUGGAUUGACAAUUUCGCCCACGUGUUCGGUUUCGUGUUUGGGUUUCUUCUGUCAUACGCUCUGUUGCCGUUCGUGACGUUUGGGCCGUACGAGCGGCGGAGAAAAAUCGUCCUGGUGUGGGUGUGUCUGGUCUCCGCCGGGGGGAUGCUGUGUGCGCUGAUAGCAUUGUUCUACGCGGCUCCAGCGUACGAGUGUGCGGCGUGCGCGUACUUCACGUGCCUGCCGUUCGCGCCUGACAUGUGUGCGUCGCAGGACGUGCGCGUGCGACAGAUGGACGGCGUAUGACGGCGCGCGGCCCGGGCGCCCCCGCCGCCGCCGCCCCCCCGCCCCUGCCGCGCCAAGCGAACGUAUGCGUAUAUUUUUGUAUAUCUUCUAGUGUGUGAUUCGGUUUGUAGUCCAAGUGGUUAGCUUUUGGUGAAUAUUAUGGUGACACAUCGGUCAUUGGUGACAUGAAUUUUUAAUUAUGUUUCCGGUUAAGCUCUCGACAGAUUUUGAUGGGCAGUUUUGAUGAAAUUUAUUAAUGUUAAAACUGACAAAUGGGGUCAUUGUUAAAAAAAGGGAAUAAAUUUUCUUUCAAUAGACAAAGGACUUUUAGCACGUCCGUAUGUGUCGAGAGGAUAAGCCAACGGCCGUUGUGAACAAAUGUUGGUGAAUGGUAGCGUCCCUCUUAUAUAUUCUACUGUAUAUUCAUAAUGGUAACAACUUACAUCCUAAACCAGUAUAAAGCAAUAUCAAAAAUUAUCCAUACAUACUAUAAAACGCAACACAGUUACUAGAAAACGUUCUAAAAUUUCAACCAUAAUAUACGUACACAUAUACGCAAUAUAAACCUAAACGUUCAUUGAAAGUAAAACCGUCAAGUGUCACUUAUGAAAAUUAUUAUUUCUUGUUUUUUUCUCAAAUCUGUUUGGUUUUAACAUACAUAAUCGUUGUUCAAGGAGUCCCAAACUUACAUGUACAGUCAGACCACUGUAUAUUGGUCUGUUAAAUUUUAAGUUAGUACUUUAGUACCCUUAUUCAUCACUGCCAGCACAACCAUCCCAGUAUCGUUAAUAUUAGAUAGUUUAGCUUAGAUAUAACAGGCUUUAUUUCUAAACGUGGAUCAUUUUGUCAAAGUCAAAAUACUUUAUUCAUAUAGGUAAACAAGUACACUUAUUACUUAAUUCUAAAUUAACAUUUACUACCAGUUCGCAA